AUGUCAACCAUUCCAACCUCGGCCCUCCAGUCGGGGUCUCCACCCAUCAUCCCGCUGCCGUUCAAUGCCAAACAGCCCGAGAAGGUAACGCUGUAUCCGCUAUCCAACUACACAUUCGGUGUCAAGGAGACACAGCCUGAGGAGGAUCCGUCUGUCAUUGCCCGCCUGAAGCGCCUAGAAGAGCACUUUAGUGAACAUGGCAUGCGCCGCACCUGUGAAGGCAUCCUGGUGUGUCACGAGCACAACCACCCCCAUAUCUUGAUGCUGCAGAUCGCCAACGCGUUCUUCAAGCUCCCUGGAGACUACCUGCGGCCGGAGGACGACGAGGUUGAAGGAUUCAAAGCUCGACUGGAUGAAAGGCUUGCGCCGGUGGGCCGAUUGGGCGAAGGCGAGGAGGCCGGCGACUGGGAGGUUGGCGAGUGUCUGGCGCAGUUUUGGAGACCAAACUUUGAGACCUUCAUGUAUCCGUUCAUCCCUGCGCACGUUACACGGCCCAAGGAGUGCAAGAAGUUUUACUUUAUUCAGCUACCCAAGAGCAGUAGGUUCCUUCCAUCUCCGAGCAGGUUGUCGCACAUGUUAACUUCGUCCUCCCCCCUUUGCAAAGAGGUGCUCAGCGUGCCCAAGAACAUGAAGCUUCUCGCCGUCCCCUUAUUCGAACUCUACGACAACACCGCUAGAUACGGACCGCAGCUGUCUGCCAUCCCACACCUUCUCAGCCGAUACAACUUUGAGUUCGUCGAUGAGAAUGGAGAUGUUGUUGCCGCAACCCCCGGCGCAGGCGCCCCCGAUGGAUAUGUGCCCAAGCCCAAGGUCUUGGCUGGCGACGAUACGGAUAUGGUUGAGGAAAAUGGAACACAUUGA